AUGGAAGGUAUUGUCCGUUUGACUGUUUCCGUUGAUACCCUUCCUCCCUUUGGUCCGUUUAACUCUUUCCGUGAUAGAUUGCUUCUGGUCGUAGUUAGGUUAUGUAGUUUUGCUAAUAAGUAUCGUAUGUCGUCCAUUGCUUGGUUUACAGGGGGCGAGGAUAAUCGUCUUCCGGUUAGGUUGUUGAAAACAGACCAUUUUCCUAACCGGAGGCUGAACGUGUAUGGGAAGCCUGACACCAUAGCCUUUGUGAAGCAUACGUUGCGGGAUUGCCCGGAGGCGUUUGAAAGAAUACGGAACUCUCGGUUUGGGAAACUUUGGGAUUUUCCCGCCUCUCGGUGUCCGAUUUCCUGCAAACUCAUCCACGCUUUGCUCUGUCGGCAGCUGUUGUCCAAGAAGCGUUAUGAGAUGUGGACAGUAUUCGGUGGUCAGCCAAUGAGGUUCUCUUUGGCGGAAUUCGCAAGUGUGAUUGGGCUUCACUGCGGCGAGUAUCCGGAGGGAUACGACCCCGAUUGGUAUCCGCCUACAACAAAGGGACCAGACAAGUGGUGGAAGAAGUUCAUAGGAAAUGACUCUCGGAGAACGCUCGGAGACAUAUCUAAAUCUCUUAGGAAUGGUGAGGUCGAAGACAGCGAGCAGAAGCUACGUUUGUGUCUAAUCCUUCUUGUUGAUGGCGUCCUCUGCGUUAGCAGCCAGGUCCACAGGCCAACGCCGAAGUAUGUGGCUAUGUUGGAGGACAUCGAUGCGUUCUUGGAGUUCCCAUGGGGCAGGGAGUCUUUCAUAAAGACAAUAGCGACAAUGGGCCCGCUGGUUGGGAAGGAAGAAGAUCCAGUGGGGACGCUUGUGAAGAACCUUGGGCAGGAGUCGUUUAGACUGCUGGGUUUCCCGCUCGCAUUGCAAGUGUGGGCGUUCCAGGCAAUCCAUGUGCUUUCCAGAUAUCUCCCCGCAUCCGCUACAGAUGAUACUCUACUCAGCUCAGAGGGAGAGAAGUUCCCGCAACAUCCGUCGCUGUCUUAUGUAGACGUAAUAAACGCCGAGAACCACCCUGAUGUAAGAACCUCAUCCUUCCCUCUCUAUUUCGAUAUUUUGUUCGGUGUAACGCUUACUAACGCGGUUGUUGUACGGUCGUUGUUUCAGUUAUCAGUGACUCCAUUCAUAGCUCUGGAACCAGAGCCGGGGUAUAUUGGUUGGGGUGAGUUUGCUGAACAAGAAGUCCAAGAUAGGAAGGUCGCGUACCUGCAUGAGCUACUCUCCAGAGAGCACAAAUUCUGCAAGAGUGAAUGGCCUGGUGGCUCUACUGAGUACGAACGGAUUGAGCACCAGUACAAGCCGCCACAGGUUGCACACACGAAGCAUAUUUACAACCGGAAAAAGGGGAAGCGAUCUCUUGGCGUCCGUUUUUCUCCUCCUGCUACACGGAAAUCUGGUCGACGUAAGAAAAAUGUUGUGGAAUUAGAUAACUCAGCGGGACCUGAUGAUUUGCUGGAACAGAACAAGUGGCUUUUAGAUCAGGUUAAACUCCUGAAGGAGGAACAGUCGAAGCUUGCUGCCCGAACCACGGUACUUGAGCAGAAGAAUCUGUUAUACAGCGGAGGAAUAAGGAGGUUUUCGUCCACGCAGGCGCGUUUCCCUCAGCGAAGGGCGUAUCUACGUGACCAAGCCGGGUGGUCGAAGAAACGUGUGCAUGUACGCAUUCCAUCUACGCGUUGCACUCCAGAGCCGUCGUGUGGUGGAUCCCAGGGCGUGGAAGAAGAUUCUGUUAUAAGUCUGAAGGAAGGAGACAAGAUCCCAGAACAAUGGAUGGACGACCCUUUCAAUGAUGAAGGAGGAAUGAAGACGCCAGAACCGCGGUCGCCGAGUCUUAACCAAGGUGCCGGAAGGAGUGAAGAUACGGAGGUGGUAGACAAUGUGGUGAACUCACAAAUCACUUCCGGUGAUAGAGAUGUACAGAAGCAUAAUGGUGAAGGAAGUCAGUCCGAGAAAACGAUAGGAGGCGAAGAAACUACGGCAGAGACAGGUGGUGGGAAGGGGGUGGACUACCGGACGUGGAAGGAGGAGAGCACCGUGCACCAGUUGGACAGUCUAAUGUAUAGUGAAGUACGCGUAGGAGGUGGAGUGGCCUCUGACGUGGACGAGGGCGAAAAUGCUGAUGAUGGGGAUAUGCAUCUUCAAUCGCUUAUUGACGACAUCGUCUCUGAGUCCGCUUCUCCAAAAUCCCUCCACAUGUUGGAUCCGGCAAGCAGCAUAGUUAUGUCAAGGGUCACUGCCCCGGAAAUCGGCGUGCCGUCUAUGUAUAAGGUUUGGCCCUCUGAAACGUCAUCCAGAGAGGCAGCUGAGACGAGUUCCCACGUGUAUGUGUUUUGUGCUGUUUGUUGCUGGAUCGGACAAGAUGAUGUUGUUGAUGAGUCUGUGGAGGAGAAUGGCCGGAAGUGUACACGUCCUGUCGUGUCCAGUAAAGAAGUUUUGUCUGAGCCAGAUGUCGUGGACGGGGAGACUUGUGUAAAGAAGAGUGUGGACGUUCGAGAGAACCCUGCCACAGAGAAGAUGGACACACCGGAUAGCUCGGGCGUGGAUAAUCCAGCUGUACAGGCAAUGGUGGACGAUCUGGAUACAACUAAUAUUGCGGUGAUGGUCAGCGACUCCUCUCCACCGCCACGACGAACUGCACACUCUCCAUCCGAGCUAGAGACUGCACUGGCAAACACACUAACUGCCUCUGAGCGACAUGGACCUAACGUGCUUUUCCCGGAAGUGGAUGGUCAAGCAUUUGCGCUCUUCGAGAAAACACUCUCGGUGGACAGAGAAUUUUUGCACAUCUCUCAGGACAUGUAUGAUCUUGAGAACUCUUUCUUCCUUGAUCUAGCGAGAAGCCAGGAAUGGGUGUCCACAAAGCAUAUGGAGGUCUUGAUGACGUAUCUAGGAACGAAACACGCGCACGUUUUGGCUCAAGAAAACUCCUCUUUUGCAUCCCCAUGGUUUGUAAACCACUUGCAAGGGAAGUACCGGAAGUUCAAAGCGGCUAUAAACAAGAAUAUGGUGCGAUGGGAUGAAGCAAUAACUAGCUACGUUAUGUCACCAGGGAGGACGUGGCUGAAAGAGGUACACACCGUAUACUCGCCCAUGAUUUGGAACGACGUCCAUUGGGUUGGUUUGGCGAUACAUCUAGGGUCGCGGUAUGUGGAGGUCCUGGAUCCUUUCCCAUCUCUCUAUGCUGAUCGAAGGGUGGACACAUUCAUGGCGCUUGUGGUGGAGAUGCUUCCUCAGCUAAUAAGUAGGUUUUGUCCUGCGGCUACACAAAUCAACACAUCUUUCAGUUAUGCUUGGAUGUCGAAAAUUUAUGAGAACAAGCGUGCUGGCGACUGCGGACCGGUGGCGGUGAAAUUCAUGGAGAUGCAUGCGUACGACGACCCCUCGCCUCACCUCGCUGGAGUUACAGAUGCUAUGGUUGAUGGUUUCCGCAAGACGUGGGCGAUGGAGUUAUACAGGGAUUUGGUUGUCCCAAUCUACUUCCCGCCAGCGUCGCCCUAG